AUGGACGAGUAUUGGUUGGAGGCCACCGAGAGGAUUAUGAACGGCAUCGACUACACUCCUGAGCAGAGAUUGAAGGGUGUAGUUUAUUUGCUAAGCGAUAAGGCGUAUCAGUGGUGGUUAUCGAUAGAGGAGGGUUUUACAUACUCAUAUAUAGUUAGUUCUGUUUCUGAAAUCUUGGGGAUUUCUGUUGAGUGUACUUCUGGGGAGAUUAUUGUUCUGAGUCCGUUAGGCUUGGAUUGCGCGACUGAGAGGGUUGUUCUAUUGACCGAGCAUGAUAAGGAGGUGGUUGUGAUUGGUGAGCAUCGAGAUUACCUGUCUAAUGCAAUCUUCACUCUAGUGGCUAAGAAACUGGUUCGAAAAGGGUGUAAGGCGUGUUUGGCUUACGUCAGUGUUUCAGUUUCUAGGGACUCUUCUGUUGGGGAUAUCAGAAUAGUGAGGGAAUUUCUAAAUACUUUUUCUGAGGAGUUGUCAGGUUUACCUCUGAAUCAGGAAGUUGAGUUCAGUAUUAAGCUUGUAUGGGGUACAGCUCCAGUGUCUAUUGCUCCAUACCAGGCACUGGUUCUGUUUGUGAAGAAAAGGGAUGGUACCAUGAGGAUGUGCAUCGACUACCGGCAAUUGAAUAAACUGACUGUGAAGAAUAAGUACCCACUUCCGAGGAUCAACAAUUUGUUUGAUCAGUUCCGAGGGGAUUUAGUAUUCUCUAAAAUAGAUCUUCGAUCAGAGUAUCAUCAGCUUAGAGUUAAGGAAGCUGAUAUUCAUAAGACGGCAUUUAGGACUCGUUAUGACCGCUACAAGUUUCAAGUUAUGCCUUUCGGUUUGACGUAUGCUACGGCUACAUUCAUGGAUAUGAUGAACCGUGUUUUUCAGUAA